AUGGCGACCUCGCGUGCAGACACAAGAAUGAUUGUCGUCGGCGGGGCCGGCACUAUGGGUUCUUCGACCGCACUCCAUCUAAUCCGCUCUGGAUAUACACCCUCAUACAUUACCGUUCUCGAUGUCUAUCCAAUUCCCUCCGCACAGUCCGCUGGUUAUGAUAUCAACAAGAUCAUGAGCAUCCGAUUGCGAAAUAAGCCUGAUCUGCAGCUUUCGCUAGAAGCUCUAGAUAUGUGGAAGAAUGACCAACUGUUCAAGCCUUUCUUCCAUAAUGUUGGCAUGAUUGACUGUUCAUCCUCGGAAAAGGGCAUUGCAAACCUUCGCCGGAAAUACCAGUCUCUUAUCGACGCAAAUGUUGGACUAGAGAAGACGAAAACCUGGCUGGACAAUGAGAAGAAGGUCCUAGCGCGAGUGCGAGUGCCACCAUUUACGCGGGAACAAACCAAGGGAUGGAAAGGCUUGUUCUGCGGAGAUGGAGGUUGGCUCGCUGCAGCCAAAGCCAUUAAUGCAGUAGGCCAAUUUCUCCAGGAUCAAGGAGUCAACUUUGGGUUUGGCGACGCCGGAACGUUCAAACAACCUCUCUUCCACGCGAAUGGGACGAUGUGCAGCGGCAUCGAGACCGUGGACGGGACAAAAUAUUAUGCUGAUAAGAUUGUUCUGGCUGCUGGCGCUUGGAGCCCGACACUAGUCGACCUGGAAGACCAAUGCGUUUCUAAAGCCUGGGUCUUCGCGCAUAUUCAACUCACGCCUGAAGAGGCAGCCUCAUACAAGAAUGUGCCUGUACCGGACGAGCACGGGGUCAUUAAGGUCUGUGAUGAAUUCCCGGGAUUUUCUCGCUUCAAAGAGCAUCAACCAUUCGGCUCCGCCUCUCCCAAGCUCAUCUCCGUUCCUCGAUCACACGCCAAGCAUCCCACAGAUACCUAUCCAGAUGCGUCCGAAGCAAGCAUUCGAAAAGCAGUCAGCAGGUUCAUGCCACAGCUCAAGGAUAAGGAACUUUUCAACCGAGCCAUGUGCUGGUGUACAGACACUGCCGAUGCCAAUCUUUUGGUCUGCGAGCACCCACGGUGGAAGAACUUCAUCCUUGCCACAGGAGAUAGUGGCCACAGCUUCAAACUUCUACCGAACAUUGGUAAGCAUGUCGUUGAGCUUAUAGAGGGAUCUUUGGCAGACGACCUGGCCGAUGCGUGGAGAUGGAGACCCGGCGGUGAUGCCCUCAAGUCUACGCAUGGUAGCCCAGCGAAGGACCUUGCGGACAUGCCCGGCUGGAAGGAUAAUUCAAGAUUAUAA